GAAGCUGGCGGCGCACACAUCCGUCCUCUUCCGAUCCCCAUCCCCUGCACAGGAAACCCUAGUCAGUCACCCCCAUCUCUCCCGUUUCUCAGAUCUCGACGUGCCGGCUUUCAUCCCCGAGCUCUCUUUUCUCCCCCUCCGCAUUCUCCACAGCGCGCCGCUCCCAGCCACGCCUCUUCCUUCACUGGUCCGGCCCCUACCGCGCUCGCGUUGCUCUUGCUCCUCACCGGCUCCGCGGGAGACGCCGACCCCCUCAUCCGCCUGCUCGUCGCCUCGUCCUCGUCCUCAUCCUCGACCGCGCAGCCCCCGCUGGUGAGCUGUUUCUGAGUAUCGUUUCGUGCAAAAUGGCGUAAAGUGGCAGAGCGCGGGCAAAAUCUUUUAUUUUGCAUUCUUCGCGAUCUUACAGCCUAAGCUACCUCAGCCCGACCCCAGGAUGGCUGAGCGCCGGAUGGUCACGUCCGCCAUUAUAGCUGAAGAAGAAACAAGGACACAUGUGAUCAAGAUAGAGGGAUACUCAAGAACCAAGGAGCAGCUCCAGGCCAAGAACUAUACGAAAUCUGUCCCUUUUAAGGUCGGAGAUCACAACUGGGCUGUGAAGUAUUACCCAAACGGUUGCACGGCACAUGAUUACAUAUCUGUUUAUCUGGUUCUUGAUUCGGCUGGUUCCAAGGAUGUCAAGGCGAAAUUCACCUUUAGUUUACUUGACGAUGGUGGAGAACCAGUGCCUUCAUACACCAAAACUCUCGCACAACAUAUCUUCCCAAGCAAGGGUUCAGACUGGGGUUUGCCUCGUUUUAUCGAGCACAAGGAUCUCGAGGGAUCAGUGCAUCUAAGAGGCGAUAGUUUCAGAAUCAGGUGCGAUGUCACCGUCAUGAAGAUCUGUAGCAAAGAGUCACAUGAGAAUCAGUUUGUUGUGGUUCCUCCAAGCAACAUGCAUCAGCAGCUCCGUAGCCUCCUGGAAAGCAAGGAUGGAGCAGACGUGGCCUUUCAAGUCGACGGCGAGAUGAUCUCGGCUCAUAGAUCUGUGCUUGCUGCUCGUUCAUCUGUCUUCAAGGCAGAGCUCUUUGGUACCAUGAGGGAGAAAGCUGGUGAUCCGAUCGAAAUUGAUGAUAUAGAAGCUGAUGUGUUCAAAUCCUUGCUCCAUUUCAUCUACACGGACUCACUCCCCGAGACAACUCGUGAAGAUGUGGUGAUAGCUAGCCAUCUACUUGUAGCGGCGGACAGAUACGACAUCGAGAGGCUGAAGCUGAUAUGUGAGGAGAAGUUGUGCAAUCACAUUGACACAAAAGUUGUUGCCGCGAGUUUGGCUUUGGCCGUGCAGCAUAACUGCCAUGGACUCAAGGAGGCUUGCUUUGAGUUCCUUGCUUCUCCUUCCAAUUUGGAGGCAAUGAUCGCAAGUGAUGGCUACCAGCAUCUCAAAAGCAGCUGCCCGUCUGCUCUCAAAGAGUUCAUUGCUAGAUUCUUGCCUGUUGAGCUGAUAGCAGCCAAGGAUAUUAUCAUGUCAAUUUGAUUAGUACUUGCGUGUGUGGGUUGGGUACUGAUGAUCAUAUCAUCUAUCAAGUGAAUUACUUAGUAUCUAUUAUGUGUGUGUGUGGGUCUGCCCUCAAAGAGCUGACUGCCAGGCCCUUGCCUAUUGAGCUGACAGCAACCAAGGCUAAUAUCAGGGCAAUUUAAUUAGUACUUGCAUGUCUGGGUACUACUGAUCAUAUCUCAAGUAUCUUGGUGUAUAUUUUGCUAGUUUGCCGU